CAAAGGCCUUCCAGGUCACGCACCAGAGAACCUGGGUGCAGAGGAACAGAUCUGACCUGAAGAGGAGGAAGUGGCGCCCGGAACCGAGUCUGAGGGUCUUGGAGGCAGAGAGGAUGUCGUCGUCGAGCCCCGAUGCCCCUUGUUCCUGUGACUGCUUUGUCUCUGUGCCCCCGGCCUCAGCCAUCCCAGCUGUAAUCUUUGCAAAAAACUCGGACCGGCCCCGAGAUGAGGUUCAGGAGGUGGUGUUUAUACCAGCAGGCACUCACACUCCUGGGAGCCCACUUCAGUGCACCUACAUCAAGGUGGAGCAGGUGUGGAAGACACAUGCUGUGAUUCUGAGCCGCCCUUCUUGGCUGUGGGGGGCUGAGAUGGGAGCCAACGAGCUUGGGGUCUGCAUUGGCAACGAAGCGGUGUGGACCAAAGAGCCUGUAGGGGAGGGGGAAGCCCUGCUGGGUAUGGAUCUACUCAGGCUGGCUUUGGAACGAAGCAGUACUGCCCAGGAGGCCGUGCAUGUGAUCGCGGGUUUGCUGGACCGAUAUGGGCAGGGAGGCAGCUGCCGGGAGGACCCCGAGCCGUUCUGCUAUCACAACACCUUUUUACUGGCUGAUCGGACAGAGGCGUGGGUGUUGGAGACAGCUGGGAGGCUGUGGGCUGCUCAGCGGAUCCAGGGAGGUGCCCGAAAUAUUUCCAACCAGCUGAGCAUUGGUACAGACAUCUCAGCAGAACAUCCGGAGCUCCGCAGCCAUGCCCAGGCUCAGGGUUGGUGGACCGGGCAGGGCGUCUUUGACUUCGCGGAGGUCUUCUCCCUGACCCAGCAGCCUGUGCGCAUGGAGGCUGCCAAGGCCCGCUUCCGGGCAGGGUGUGAGAUGCUGCAGCGGCAACAAGGGAGCAUCACAGCAGAAGUGAUGAUGGAUAUCCUCAGGAACAAGGAGAGCGGCAUCUGCAUGGACUCCGGAGGCUUCCGCACCACAGCCAGUAUGGUGUCAGUCCUGCCCCAGGACCCCACAAAGCCCUGUGUCCACUUUCUCACUGCCACACCAGACCCGUCCAGGUCGGUAUUCAAACCUUUCAUCUUUGAAGUGGGGGUGUCCCAGUCCCCCCAGGUGCUGUCUCCCACCUUUGGAGCUCAGGACCCUGUUCGGAUCCUCCCGAGAUUCCAGACUCAGGUGGACCGUCGACACUCACUCUAUCGUGGACACCAGGCAGCCCUGUGGCUGAUGGAGGAUGAACAGGAGCAGGCACAACAACUCCGAAAAAAGCAGCAGAGUCUGGAGCAGGAAGGCCUGGAGGCUCUCAGAGGACUGCUUACUGGUGAACAGACCCCACCUCCCCAGGGACUGGGCAGCCUCUUCCAAGCCUUUGUGGAGAGAGAGCAGCAGGCCUACACUUAACCCUGCAGGAGCUCUGAGGCCAGCUCCCCUGAGCUGUGGUGGGUACUGUGGGAUCAAUCCCAGCCAUCCCCUCACCCGCUCAGCCAGGUUCUGAGUAGCUUAAUAAAUGUUUUAUUUCCUUAUUCAGUGAA